AUGGAAGAAGAAAAUCUCACAGUAGUUUCAGGAUUUCUUCUUCUGGGAUUUUCAAAGGAACAAGAAUUGCAGUCCAUCACAUUCAUGAUUUUCUUCUCCAUGUACCUAAUCACUGUGUUUGGAAAUCUGGCUAUCAUCCUAGCCACCAUUUCUGACUCCCACCUCCACACACCUAUGUACUUCUUCCUCUCCAACCUGUCCUUUGUAGACAUCUGUGUUACUUCUACCACCAUCCCAAAGAUGCUGUGGAACAUCCAGAACCAGGGCAAGCUGAUAAGCUAUGAAAGCUGCAUUACUCAGAUGUACUUUGUCAUACUCUUUGUAGGGUUGGAUGACUUUCUCCUAACAGUGAUGGCCUAUGACCGCUUUGUGGCCAUUUGUCACCCCCUGCACUAUACAGUCAUUAUGAGUCCAUGGCUUUGUGGCAUUAUGCUCCUGGUCUCCUGGAUCAUCAGUGUCUUGCAUUCCUUCUUACAAACCUUAAUGGUUUUGCAGCUUACCUUCUAUACACAUUUAGAAAUCCCUCAUUAUUUCUGUGAACUUAAUCAGUUGAUUCAACUUGCCUGCACUGAUACCUUUCUUAAUGACAUAGUGAUGUAUUUUGCAGCCCCACUUCUGGGUGGUGGUCCCCUGGUUGGUAUCAUUUACUCAUACUCUAAGAUAGUGGCUUCCAUUUGUAAAAUCUCAUCAUCUCAGGGGAAGUAUAAAGCAUUUUCCACUUGUGCAUCUCACCUUUCAAUUGUCUCCUUAUUCUAUUGUACAUGCUUAGGAGUGUACCUAAGCUCUGCUGUUACCCACAGCUCACACUCAAGUGCAACAGCCUCAUUGAUGUACACAGUGGUCACACCCAUGCUGAACCCCUUCAUAUACAGUCUGAGAAAUAAAGACAUAAAGAGGGCUAUGAAAAGAUAUGUGGGGAUGACAGCUACACAGGGUGCAACUGUCCUGGAGUUGAACAAGGCCGUAUGA